AUGCUUCUCGCAACAGCUGCCGUAGCGCUCCUGGCAUUCGGCGCUGGUCAGCUGCUAGGAGUCCGCCUGACUGAUCCAACCGCAAUCCGCCGCCAGCAGCGGCGCGCGCAGCGUCUCCUCUUGCGGCUGCUGCUGCUACUGCAACAAGAACAUCUUGCGGCCCGGCAGCGAGUUCAACAGUAUCACCACCAGCAACAGCAACAGGGUCAACAGCAGCGGCGUCAUAAGGCCCAGCAAAGAUUAGAAGAUAACAAGGCGGGAGACAGGGAGCUUCACGUAGAGCCAGCGGCGGCGGCGGCGGCGGCGGCGGCGGCGGCAGCACCGCAGCAGGCGGCAGCAACAGGCCCCGUGGCCAAGGGGGGGAUAGGACCGCUGACGGCGACGGCGGCGGAGACUGCAGCGAUCUGCCAGGACACUACUGCCGCCGGAUCGACAGACCAUACGAGGCGACGGGUACGGCAGUACGGAGGUGAUGAUGCCGCCGGCAGCGGCCAACUUGCGGGCCUGGGUGCGUCCGUCGAUGCUUCUGGCGGUCGCCGUGCUGACGGCGUCGGCGGUGAUGUUGGUGCUGAUUCUGACGGAGGCGGCGGCGGCAGCGGCGGCGAAGUUGCCGUCGGAAUCACUGGCGCGCCGGGCAUGGCUGCUGCUCAACGCCGGCGCGUUGGUAUUAGCGCUGGCGGCGCCGAGGCGCGGCCUGCUCAGGGCGGAUCGGCGCCUGCGGCACACGGGGCCCAAGGUAGCAUGUGGCGCAGCGGGCUGAUGCCCGUCACCGCCGCCGCUGUCGUACCAAGCGACGGCAACGACGACCAACUGACUAGCGAUGUUGAUAUGCACGCGGAUACUGCUGCCGCCAGCGGCACAGCUACAGCCGCCGUCACUAACAGCGCCGCCGUCGCCGCUCUCACUGCUGCCGGCAGCGGCGUACAGCCCGCCGGCGUCGGCGAUGACGGUACGGCAUCCCGGGAGCCGCCCGUGUUAUCGACGAUGGAGGGCAUGACUCAGCGGCAGCAGCACAGGUCGGCCAGUUGCACGCCGGGGGAGUGCAGACUGGAGCACCAUCGGCAGCGACGGCGACGGCGGCGGCAGGUCGUCAUCAUGGGCUCCUACGAGGAAGAUCUUCUGGCGGCGGGCGGCCGGCUGGACAGAGGCGCCGCCGCCGCCGCCGCCGCUACCGCCGCCGCCAGCCAGGUCCCGCCGCCGCCCGCGAUGGGAGCCCUCCGGACCGCUGACGUCGCGACUGACCAGCGCCAUUAUCAGAAGCGUAUUGUUGCCGCUGCCGUCGCCGCUGCCGCCAGUACGGCCGCUGCGGGUGAUGAAGCCGCAGCAUGGCCUGGCGGCGCUGCGGAGCGUACGGCGCGGCAUGACGUACACUUGGAUCUGGAUCAAGGGCCUCACCGGAGUGCAGAUUGGAAGGGCCUCACCGCCGCCGCCGCCGGCCCAGCAGCGGCGGCGCCGAGGGCUCCGCGUUCUCGAGGACUCCACUCACUUAUUACAGGCGUGCACAACGACGGCGACGGCAUGCAGUGGGGAGCAACGGCGCCGCCGUCGCCAUUGCUGGCGGCGCCACUCGCAGUAGCAGCGCCGCCGCCGGACUGCGGCCUUGCGCUGGACUGCUUUACACCCGACGUCUCGGCAUCGUCGACGGCGGAGGCGCCAUCAUCGGCGGCGGCGGAGGCGACGGCAAAGGACGGGCGGCGACCCAUGGGUCGCUCGUGGGACAGCCUCCCACACGCUCUCCUAGUAGAGAUUGCGCGCCACGCAGGCGCGCCCGCGCUGCCGGAGUUGCAGCCGCGCUACGGGCCGCCGCCGCACAUGCUACAGCCGCUGCCAGUUCCGUACGGCAUGGACGAGCUGUUCCGUGAACUGUCCCUUGGCAAUACUAGUGGUGGCGGCGGCUGCGGAGGAGGAGGGAGAGGAAGGCAUGGUGAAAUGGACGUGGAGAAAGAGGGCCACGCGGCGGCGGCGGCGGCGGCGGCGUUGCGGGUGGCACUGACGGCGGCGGCGGCGGCUGCUCGGCGGGUGGCAGCGCCGUCGCCGCCUGCUGCGACGCUGGCGGCGCUGCGGCUGGUCUGUCGGCGCAUGCGGCGAGCGGUGGAUGAGAGCGUUGAGGUGCUGUGUCCGCGGCACUGGCCACAUCGUCUGGUCGGUCUUGAGCGGUUCCCCCGUCUUCGGCGUCUAGACCUGGGCGCACUGGGCCCGGACCCGGCACCUCUCAGCCGUCUGGCGGGACUGUUGAAACACCUAGCUGCCGUACCAAUGGCACCCCCCGCAUCGUCACCGCCGCCGCCGCCGCCGCCAUCACGGCCAUCACCACCACCACCACCACCACCACCAGCAAUAGCUGCUCCUGAAGGGGAGGGACGAGGAGGAGGAGGAGGGCAGGGGAGGCCGCCAGCGUCGCCGCCGGCGCCAGCCAGGGCCGCCGGCGCCGCAGUCGACGGCGUCGCCUCCGCUGACGACGACGGAGCCGUCAGACAAGCGCCCAACCAACCGCGAAAUUUACCACCCCGCCGCCGCCACCCCGCCGCCGCCACCCCGCCACCGCCACUCACCGUCAAUCCUCGGGCGGGGGAACUGUACAUCAGCCGCUUGAUGUACGACAUCAUCGGCACUUCGGUCAGCGGAGCCAAGGCCGUACUUACCGUACCUGCGGGUCUAGGAGAACUGACGGCGCUUCGAAGCCUGGCGAUUGUACGGGCAAACACCGCCGCCGCCACCAGCGGCGACUGCGGAAGCCGCGGCAUGUCGUACAGUAGCGGCUAUCACACCUGGCGGCCUAUGACGCCGGAAGCCUGGCGGGAGGCUGUGACGCGGGCGCGGCGGCGAGCGUUGGACGAGACACUGUACGGCAAUGGGGAUGAGGAGUUGGACGAGCACGGGCACGAGGUCACAACAGCAGCACAUCCCAUACGCCAGCGCCUAGCGGCAGUAGCCGCUACAGCCGCCGCCGCCGCCGCCGCCAGGGGCACGUCAGCCGACGGCGUCAGCGGCAUCCCCGCUGCCGCUGCCGCUGCCGCUGCCGACGCCGACGCCGACGCGGCGGAUCGGAACCUCCGAGAGGCGGCGGCGGUAGCGGCGGCGACCGCUGAGAUGCUCCGCGCCAGCUGGGGCCCAGGAAACAUCUGUACGGCGCCGCUGGACGAGCAAGACGUCUGCGUGCCGUACGGCGGCGGCGGAGAGCGACAGCUGCUAGAGGAGCCUGGUCGUACACCGGGGCUGCCGCCGGCAGCUGCUUCCGGCGGCGACUUUGCCCCAAGAGACGACGACGGCGAAGCUGGCGGCGGCGGCGGCGGCGGCGGCGGCGGCGGGCUGUGGGGUCAGACCACUCGCUGCGAUCGGUUGCGUAUCCGGUUACGAGACGAGGUAAGUCGACUAGUUCGUCUGGAGCAGCUGGAAGUGUGGGACGUGGAGCGGCCCUUGGCCUUCCUAACUCACAUGGCUCCGUUGUCAAUUGCCGCCGCCGCCGCCACCGCCGCUGCCAGCGGCGCCGCUCCGGACUUCCUUCCCGCCGCGCCGCCAGCAGUAGCAGCCGUACAACAGCCGCCAGCGGGUGGUCCGCCUGCGGCUCAGCUCCCGCAUCAGGCGGCGCAUUUGCUGCUACAGCCGACGGAUAAUGGUGACGGCGGCGGCGGCGGCGGUAACACGGUGUUGCGGCGGCUUGCGCUGUACGGCAAUGCAAGCAGCUCCGGAACCACCGACGAGGCGGAUCUGCGCUGCAUGCGGUCGUUGAGGGAGCUUGUGUUGGGGGAGGCGAAGGCGACGGCGGUGGCGGCCCUUGCACGAGCGGUGCGCGGCGGCGGCGUGGGGCCGAUGUUGGCGGUGUUGGCCGUCAACCCCCCUCUGGCCGUACCCAGGGGUCUGCGGCUUUUGGCAGGCAGCUUGACGGCUCUGGAUCUGAGUUUUAACGGGCCCUUGGCGCUGACCCGUGGGUCACUAAGUGCUCUGACCGCCCUGACCUUCCUCAGCCUGAGAGCUUGUCCGUUGGUGCGCGAGGCAGCAGUGUUGGAGUUGCCACUGCCGCUCAACCACCAACCGCCGCCGGAGGCUGUAGCAGCAGGAGCAGCAGCAGCAGCAGCUGCGGCGGCGCCGCCGCCGCCGCAACAGCCGCAUCCGGCGGCGGGGCCGGCGGCGGCUGAUGCUGUAGCAGCUGCUUAUGCGGCGGCGGCGGCGGCGGUGUGGUGGCCGUCGGAGCUUUCGGGACUGACCAGUUUGCGUCGGUUGGAUCUUGCAGCGGCUCUUCCGCGCCGCAAUCUCCUGGUACUGGAUCUCGCUUUCAACUGUCUAGUGGAUCUGGAUCCAGACAUCCUGCCGUACCUGUCGUACUUGGACGUGGCAGCCCAGCUGACGCUACGUCAGGAGCCGGGCCGCGGCGUGGGACUCGUGGGGCGGCGCGAGGAGGAACGGCUGGCGCUGAACUGUCUGAAGGAUCAUUCGCUCACGUGGACACCGUGGAGUACGGAGAGGUACGACAGCAGCGGCGGCGGCGGUGGACCAGCGGCGCUGACGGCAGCGGGGCUCGUCGACGGCGGCGUCAUCGCUGAGGAAGAUGAGGAGGCGGCGGCGGCCGAGUACACGGGCGCGGCGGGGUACGGCAGGCUGUUGCGGGUGGCCAUGGAGGUAACGGGGGAAGAGCAGAAGGAGCUGCGGCCGCUGCCGCCUGCGUCGGGCACCGGCGGCGGCGGUGGCGGCGGCAGCGGCAGCGGCGGCGGCAGCGGCGGCCUGCUCGAAGACCGUCCUACCGGCAUGAUGUGA